AUGGCAUGCCACACAGAACACCAUAAUUUAGAAAGCCUCGAACAAUCUCUGGUCCGUGCAGUUCAGUGCUUUUCUCAAGAAGUGGCUAUUGCUAUUGAUGACUGGCCACGGAGAUUAAAUGCCUCGCUGAUCUUGGAUCCAACUGUCCGCUUUGAGAGCAAUGACCUCGAUCAGGCGGGUGAAGUGGAAAGGGAAAAGAAGAACACGUACGAUAAAUGUAUCCCUUUCCUAAAAGAGAAAUUCCAUGAGACCUUCGGAGAGAGAGUUCACCGUGAGAGGCCUCUGGUUUGGGUCUCGCGGAACUAUCCCAAAAAGAACAAGGAGCUUCCUCGAGGAACUAGGUGUCGACAUUAA